AUGUGCGAUGCCCGCAAUGUUUAUGAUACCAUUGAGCUGAUAUCAGCAAUUGGAGUUCAAAAAUCAAAACAGAGAAUCGAUCAUACAAUUAUUAAAUCAUUUUUAGCUGGUGUUUUACUAUCAUUCAGCGGUCUGUUUCUCAUCAUUGUUGGUGGUGGAAGUGCUCCACUGGCUCAGAGUCUUGGUCCUGGGAUACAAAGAAUGAUACAAGCUGCUGUAUUUCCUAUUGGCCUAAUUUUGAUUGUUAUGACUGGUGCUGAUUUAUUUACUGGUAAUACAAUGACAUUAAUGAUAUCAACAUUACAUAAAAAAACAACAUGGUUUGAUCUUAUCAUUUCAUGGGUAGUUUCGUACUUUGGAAAUCUUGCUGGCUGUCUGUUUUACCAUAGUAUACUUGUUUACUAUGCAGGUGUUAUCUCUGAUGAUCCUUAUCGCUCAUUUGCUGUACAAAUUGCGACAGUAAAAGGUAACAUUCCAUGGCAUCAAAUGUUUUUAAGAGGUAUUGGUGGUAAUUGGCUUGUAUGUCUAGCAAUAUUGCUCGGUAUAACCGGACGUGACUUACAUUCAAAAAUAAUCGGUAUUUUUCUGCCUAUCUGGCUUUUCGUAGCUGUUAGAUAUGAACACUCUAUUGCCAAUAUGUUUCUAGUUCAAGUGGGUAUGAUGCUUGGUGCUAAUUUAUCCGUUGGAAAAUAUAUUUCAUGUGUUAUGAUACCUGUAACACUUGGAAAUAUUAUUGGCGGAGCAUUUUUUGUUGGUAUUGCAUAUUGGUACCUUUACAUACUGAAGAACGUUGAUGCUGGUGUUAAGGAUGAUGUUAGUCAAGUAGUACAAAACCAAAAUAAAUUAAAUCAAUCUGAGCAAUUCGUUAGUAUUACUUUAGGAUUUUAG